GAAGAAAAAGGCAACAACUCUUAAAAAGUUUGGUCUCUUUGUUCUGUUUCUGAACACACGAGAUAAAGAAGAAGAUGGAAGCGAAGUACGAUCGUGCUAAUGAGGUAAAAGCAUUCGACGAGACGAAAAUCGGAGUGAAGGGUCUCGUCGCCGCCGGAAUCACAGAGAUCCCUCGUAUUUUCCACCACCCGCACCUCAUUUUGACCACAAACCAACCAAAUCCACCACUUUCCUCCUCAACGAUGUUAAUCCCAACCAUUGAUCUCGGAGGUGGCGUGUUCGAAUCCACGGUCACGCGAGAGAGCGUGGUUGCUAAGGUUAAAGAAGCGGUUGAAAAAUUCGGGUUUUUUCAGGCGAUAAACCAUGGGAUUCCGAUUGAUGUCACGGAGAAGAUGAAAGAUGGGAUUCGUGGGUUUCACGAGCAAGAUCCAGAAGUGAGGAAAGAGUUCUACAGCCGAGAUAGUUCCAGAAAGGUUACUUAUAGAACCAAUUUCGAUCUCUAUAGCUCUCAAUCUGCCAACUGGAGAGAUACUUUAAGUUGUUUUAUGGCUCCUGAUGCUCCAAAGGCAGAGGAGUUACCAGAGAUUUGUCGGGAAAUCAUGUUGGAGUAUUCUGAGAGAGUGAUGAAAUUAGGGGAGUUCAUCUUUGAGCUUUUAUCAGAAGCCUUAGGGCUGAAACCUAAUCACUUGAAAGACUUGGAUUGCACAAGAGGUUUAUUGAUGCUCUCUCAUUACUACCCGCCUUGUCCUGAGCCUGAUCUAACUUUCGGCACAAGUCCGCAUUCAGACAGAUCUUUUCUCACUAUUCUUCUUCAAGAUCACAUUGGUGGGCUUCAAGUUCAUCAGAAUGGUUACUGGGUUGAUGUUCCUCCUGUCCCUGGAGCUCUUCUCGUUAACCUCGGAGAUCUCUUACAGCUUAUGACGAAUGACAAGUUUUUGAGUGUGGAGCAUAGAGUUUUGGCUAAUAGAGGUGAAGAGCCCCGCAUUUCGGUCGCGUCUUUCUUCGUGCAUCCUUUACCGAGUUUGCGAGUAUAUGGACCGAUACAAGAGCUUUUGUCUGAACAAAAUCUUCCAAUGUAUAGAGACACUACCGUCAGUGAGUACACGAGCCAUUUCAUAGCGAGAGGACUUGAUGGGAAAUAUGUGUUGCGUCAAUUCAAGAUCUCAUAACAAAGCUUUGGAGUUUACAACAUACUAUCCCAAACUUUUCUAGGGUUUUUACUUGAUUGUUCUGUACGCUAUGAAAGAAGCUUGUGGCACACCCAAACAAAUAUAGCAAGUUGUAAUCUUGGCUACUCCUUAGCUGUCCGCAUUGGCUAGUAUCUAAACAAUUGAUAUGGUAUGCCUUUAGCUCUUUCACGCCAUUACCUCAAGAGAAAAAGAACUCAUUUUUGGCAAUAAGUAGAGCUUUUGAUAUUGUUUUUAUUUUAUUUAAGUCAUAUAAG